AAAUAAUGAAAACUUGAACUCACUAUGCCAUAAUUGAUCAAGUUAAGAACCUCCUCCUCAUUCAUCAAAGCAAAAUAGUCACAAAAAUUAAAACCGACACUUUCUUCCAUUCUCAUUACUUUCGUUAAUUGCGCCACCUUUUCCAUUCAAAGUGACUGAGUUUCACUGUCAUUAAGGUAAAGUACCACAAACCAGAACCAGAACCUUCUCUUUCCUCUCUCAUCUCCUUCUGCUGCUACUCAUUGCCACUGCACACACUCUCCAUUCCUUCCAUUUCUCAUCCUUUUGGAUUGAAAUCAGCAUACCCAUUUGGCAAAAGACUCCACCUUUGCAGCCAACAAUGGGAUUCACCAAACCCAAAUCCUCCAUUCUCUCACUCCUUCUCAUAGUGUUAACUGUUUUUGCAACUGCACAACAGCAACAGCAGCAACCUAUCAAAACUGUUGUUGUUUUGGUCAUGGAGAAUCGUUCCUUUGACCACAUGCUGGGGUGGAUGAAGAAAGCCAUCAACCCAUUAAUCGAUGGUGUCAAUGGAGAUGAAUGCAACCCUGUUAACACCACAAAUCCAAAGCAUAACUCUAUUUGCUUCACUGAUGAUGCUGAGUUUGUGGAUCCGGAUCCGGGGCAUUCGUUUGAGGAUGUUUUGCAACAGGUAUUUGGUUCUGGUCCUCUUCCUUCUAUGGAUGGGUUUGUGGAACAAGCAAUGUCAUUGUCUCAGAAUCUCUCUGAGACUGUGAUGAAAGGGUUUAAGCCUGAAUCUGUGCCUGUUUAUGAAACUCUGGUUAGAGAAUUUGCUGUUUUUGAUAGGUGGUUUUCUUCAAUUCCGGGUCCAACUCAACCUAAUAGGCUUUUUGUAUACUCUGCUACUUCUCAUGGUGCAACAAGUCAUGUCAAGAAGCAGUUAGCAAUAGGGUAUCCUCAAAGAACCAUCUUUGACUCAAUGCAUGAGAAUGGCUUAGAUUUUGGGAUUUAUUUUCAGAACAUACCAACAACCCUGUUUUAUAGAAACCUGAGGAAGUUGAAAUACAUAAAGAAAUUCCAUCAGUUUGAUUUGAAGUUCAAGAGAGAUGCUAGAGAUGGGAAGCUUCCACCAUUGACUGUAAUUGAGCCUAGGUACUUUGACUUGACUGGCUUGCCUGCAAAUGAUGACCACCCAUCUCAUGAUGUUGCAAAUGGGCAAAUGCUGGUUAAGGAGGUUUAUGAGGCUCUCAGAGCAAGCCCUCAGUGGAAUGAAACUCUUCUGGUUAUUACAUAUGAUGAACAUGGUGGAUUCUUUGAUCAUGUGCAGACUCCUUUUGUCAACAUUCCUAAUCCAGAUGGGAACACUGGACCUGCUCCUUAUUUCUUCAAGUUUGAUAGGCUAGGCGUUCGGGUGCCAACUAUCAUGGUCUCUCCUUGGAUAAAGAAAGGGUCUGUGAUAGGUGGCCCCAAAGGACCUGCUGAAAACUCUGAGUUUGAGCACUCCUCUAUUCCUGCCACCAUAAAGAAGAUGUUCAACCUAUCCUCUAACUUUUUGACGCACAGAGAUGCAUGGGCUGGGACAUUUGAGCAUGUUGUUGGGGACCUAAGUGCACCAAGAACAGAUUGCCCAGUGACUUUGCCGGAUGUGACGCCCCUAAGGAAAACUGAAGCAAAGGAAAAUGCUGGUCUGUCUCAGUUUCAGAGUGAGGUAGUUCAGCUGGCAGCUGUUCUCAAUGGAGACCACUUCUUGAGCAGUUUUCCAGAUGAAAUGAGCAAAAAGAUGAGUGUGAAGGAAGCUCAUGAGUAUGUAAAGGGAGCUGUUUCAAGAUUCAUAAGAGCUAGCAAAGAGGCCAUCAAGUUGGGGGCAGAUGAGUCUGCUAUAGUGGAUAUGAGAUCAUCUCUCACUACUAGAUCUUCCAUUCACAAUUGAUAUAAAAUUACAUCCAAAAACAAAAGAAGAAAAAGAGAGUUGUGUGGCUAUAUUUGUAUCUAGUUAUAAGUCAUCUGAUUACUGUAUUUGUUAGAUUUUGUUAGGAUUAUGAAUGUGGAAUGCAGUUGAAGGUAAAGGAGGGUAAGUCUCUCAAAAUAUGCGGUUUGAAAGUGAUGGAUUGGCUCGUGAGUAAUUUCGAAGAAGAAAACUCCAAUGCUAUUGUACAAAAAGGACAAGCCAAUAUUAUAAAUGUAGCGCCAUAAUUUUGUUUUGAA